UAUAUACAGUAGAAUCAUUUAAGACUAAGAGGAAAAUAUGAAAGUUGCUUACUUCGUUGUUGCCAUCUUGGCUUUGACAUUCUCCGUUGUCUCUGCCUAUGACCCAAGUCCUCUGCAAGAUUUUUGCGUGGCAGUGAAAGAAACUGACGGUGUGUUUGUGAAUGGAAAGUUCUGCAAAGAUCCCAAGCUUGUGAAAGCUGAAGAUUUCUUCAAACACGUUGAACCUGGAAAAACUGACAAUCCAUUGGGUUCACAAGUGACUCCUGUGUUUGUUGAUCAACUCCCAGGGCUAAACACACUUGGCAUAUCUUUGGCUCGCAUAGAUUUUGCACCAAAGGGUUUAAACCCUCCUCACACUCACCCUCGUGGCACAGAAAUCCUUAUAGUCCUUGAGGGAACUCUCUACGUUGGAUUUGUGUCAUCCAAUCAAGAUGGAAAUCGUCUCUUUACUAAAGUGCUAAACAAGGGUGAUGUAUUUGUGUUCCCAAUUGGUCUCAUUCAUUUUCAAUUGAAUGUGGGGUAUGGAAAUGCAGUUGCCAUUGCUGGUCUCAGCAGUCAAAAUCCAGGAACUAUCACUAUUGCAAAUGCCUUGUUUAAAGCUACUCCACCUAUUUCUGUAGAGGUUCUAACCAAAGCUUUCCAGGUGGACAAGAGCACGAUUGAUUAUCUUCAAAAACAAUCUUGGUACGACAACAACUAAUUUGGAAGCAUGGAUGAUCAUUUGAUAUUAGUUAUUGGAUAAUUGAUGAUUGAUGUUUCAAUAGCCCCAAAUAAUAGAACUCCAAAUAAUUACUAAUGUAAUUAAUAAAUGUAUGUGGGUUUCUUUUACAUACAUAAUUGUUCUUUUUGUAGUUUGAUUAUACAAUGUUUUUUACUUUAGUAAAUGAACUUAUUUUUGUUGGAGUUGUGCUUGGCUCCAUUCUUCGGGACUCUUAAUUUCAAGAGUAAGUAGUAUCUAGGAAUGACAAUGAAUAUGGUCUUAUAAUACUUAUUCUUAUACUUG